CUCUUCUAACUCCCUCCAGAGUCCCAGGCGCGUUCCCCUCUGGCCCUCUCCAAUGGCGCCACCGCCCCAAACCCUGCACGCCUCCAUCCUCUGCUCCUUCGCGCUCGCGUUGCUCCGCGCGGGCCGCCUCUCCGCGAUCUCCCACGUCGUCUCCACCCUCCCCUCCGCGUCCCUUCCCUCCUCGCUCCUCCGCCGCCUCAUCCCGGCGCUCGCCUCCUCGGGCCUCGCCGCCGCCGCCGUCCGCUUCCGCCCCGUCCCCGGCGACUCCCUCUCCCUCAACUCCAUCCUCCUCUCGCACCGCGCCCUCCGCUCGCUCCGCCCCGCGCUGGCCCUCCUCCGCUCCUCCGAGUCGGUCGACACCGUCAGCUACAACGUCGUCAUGUCGGGAUUCUCCGAGCAGGGGGGCCUCGCCCCGGAGGCCCUGCUCGCCGAGAUGUGCAAGCGCGGGGUGCCGUUCGACGCCGUCACGGUCAACACGGUGCUCGUGGGGCUCUGCAGGGAUGGGCGGGUGGACAGAGCGGCGGCAUUGGCUGAGGUGAUGGUGAGAGGAGGAGGGAUCGGCGGGUUGGAUGUGGUGGGAUGGAAUUCUCUGGUUGAUGGGUACUGUAAGGUGGGAGACAUGGAGACGGCAUUCGCAGUGGCUGAGAGGAUGAAGGCACAGGGGGUCGGAGUUGAUGUCGUGGGGUACAAUAGCUUGGUUGCUGGGCUCUGCCGCGCCGGUGAGGUUGAUGCUGCGCGGGACAUGGUCGAUACGAUGAAAAGGGAUGGGGUGGAGCCAAAUGUGGUGACAUACACCAUGUUCAUCGUGGAGUAUUGUAGGAGGAAUGCCGUUGAUGACGCAUUCAGCCUGUAUGAGGAAAUGGUGAGGAAGGGUGUCCUGCCGGAUGUGGUCACACUUAGUGCUCUUGUAGGUGGGCUUUGUAAAGAUGGACGGUUCUCGGAGGCGUAUGCACUUUUCAGGGAGAUGGAGAAGAUUGGGGCUGCACCAAACCAUGUUACAUAUUGUAUGCUGAUUGACACAUUGGCGAAAGCGCAGAGGGGCAACGAGUCACUCAGUCUGUUGGGGGAGGUGGUCUCCAGAGGUGUGGUCAUGGAUUUGAUCAUGUAUACAGCUUUGAUGGACUGGUUGUGCAAGGAAGGGAAGAUCGAUGAAGCAAAGGACAUGUUUCGGCAUGCUCUGUCGGAUAAUCAUACUCCCAAUGGUGUCACUUAUACCGUGCUGAUCGAUGCACUUUGCAAAGCUGGUAAUGUUGAUGGGGCGGAGCAGGUGUUGUCAGAAAUGGAGGAGAAAUCUAUUAGUCCAAAUGUUGUUACAUUCUCAUCAAUCAUCAACGGCCUUGUUAAACGAGGAUGGGUUGGAAAGGCAACUGAUUACAUGAGGGAGAUGAAGGAGAGGGGCAUUGAUCCAAAUGUUGUGACCUAUGGAACAGUCAUCGAUGGAUCCUUCAAGUGCCUGGGGCAAGAGGCAGCUCUUGAUGUGUACCAUGAAAUGUUGUGUGAGGGUGUGGAAGUGAAUAAAUUUAUUGUUGAUUCACUGGUGAAUGGCCUGAAGAAGAAUGGGAAAAUAGAGAAAGCUGAAGCAUUGUUUAGAGAGAUGAAUGAACGUGGUGUGUUGCUAGACCAUGUAAACUAUACCACUUUGAUAGAUGGGCUUUUUAAAACAGGCAACCUGCCAGCUGCUUUUAAGGUUGGUCAGGAGUUGACGGAGAAAAACUUGUUACCUGAUGCUGUUGUCUAUAAUGUGUUUAUCAACUGUCUUUGCAUGCUUGGGAAAUCUAAGGAAGCAGAAUCAUUUUUGGAAGAGAUGCAAAGUACAGGCUUAAAACCUGAUCAAGUGACAUAUAACACUAUGAUUGCUGCUCAGUCCAGGGAAGGAAAGACUGCCAAAGCUCUGAAACUUCUUAAUGGGAUGAAGAGGAGUUCCAUAAAGCCUAAUCUCAUCACAUAUAGUACGCUUAUUGUGGGUCUUUUUGAGGCUGGGGCUGUGGAGAAAGCAAAGUAUUUGCUAAAUGAGAUGUCUUCUUCUGGAUUCUCUCCAACCUCUUUGACUCAUCGAAGGGUACUCCAAGCAUGCUCCCAAGGCAGGAGAUCGGACUUGAUUUUGGAAAUUCAUGAAUGGAUGAUGAAUGCUGGGCUUUGUGCUGAUAUCACUGUCUAUAAUACACUUGUGCGUGUUUUGUGUUACAAUGGAAUGACAAGAAAAGCUAUGGUUGUCUUGGAAGAAAUGUCGGGGAGAGGAAUUGCCCCAGACACCAUCACAUUUAAUGCUCUAAUUCUUGGUCAUUUCAAGAGUGGCCAUCUAGACAAUGCAUUUUCUACGUACGAUCAGAUGCUUUACCAUGGUAUUUCGCCGAAUGUAGCUACAUUCAACACGCUCUUGGGCGGGCUUGAGUCUGCUGGAAGAAUCGGAGAAUCAGAUAUGGUGCUGAAUGAGAUGAAGAAAAGGGGCAUUGAGCCCAGCAAUCUGACAUACGAUAUACUGGUUACAGGAUAUGGAAAACAAAGCAACAAAGUUGAAGCAGUGAGGUUGUAUUGUGAGAUGGUGGGUAAAGGCUUUCUUCCAAAAGUAAGCACGUACAAUGCACUCAUAAGUGACUUUUCUAAAGUGGGAAUGAUGAGUCAAGCUAAAGAAUUGUUCAAUGAAAUGCAAAACAGGGGUGUUCUACCCACAUCCUGCACUUAUGAUAUUCUUGUGAGUGGAUGGUCAAAGCUUAGAAAUGGAACUGAGGUGAGAAAAUUUCUCAAAGAUAUGAAGGAAAAAGGAUUUAGUCCAUCGAAAGGCACUCUUAGUUCUAUAUCCAGAGCAUUUUCAAAACCAGGGAUGAGUUGGGAAGCUCGGCGUUUACUUAAGAACCUUUAUAAAGUUUAGGAAUGUGAAGUGUUGAUUUCUUAUAUACCGAGCAUAGAUGGUCUGAUGGAGAUGGUUCUUAGUUUGCCGAUACAACUGCAGUCAGGAUUCUUAUUAUCGCAGCAUCUUAUCCCCCUUAGCAACACCCUAUCAAGCGGUAUGAGAAGCUGCUUGCCUAGAUAAUCCCUGAGUCAUCUGAUGGCCCUUCAAAUGUUUGGAAGAUCAUGAAUUAUUUGAAAGAAUUCCCACACAUUCCAAAGCUGCCAAUUUCUGGAACAGAGGAGUCGCAAGGAGCUGCACCCUGCUCAUGUGAAUUCUGUACACAUUAUUGCCAGUAUAUCACUCUAGCCCUUCUCUUCAUUUGUGAGGAGCAGAUUGACUUCAGGAUGUUGCUGCAAAGUUUCUUUUGGAUUAGCAUCUUUAGUCCUGACAACGUCUUAAGCGUUUCAACCUUCUGCUUGGAGCUUGGUGGAUUAGCAACCUGCACUUGCAGAGCUGCAGGGAUCAUUUCUCAUGUCAUGAAGAAUCAGUUUGAACAUGUCUGAAAUAUGGUUAUGUUUAAUGGCUAUAGGGACAGAGGGACUGCUACAUGUAUUGCAUCUGAAACAAGAUGAGCAAUGGCUGAUAGUGAGCGAGGGGCUACGAGUCCAGGUUGGAGCUGAAAGUAGGCUAUGGGACGAUGUCCUCACCGUUCGGUGAGCUAUAGCAAAGGGAGUGGGUGAAUAGCCAACUUGCCUGACAAGUGAAUCUUGGAGAAUAUAAUAUCAACGUGGUUUUGGGAUCAGGGCAGUGUUCUAGCCGACAUCAACAUCCAAAAAGGUAAACAUAUUGUGUGGUCGGUUUAACCAAAUCCCAGACCAACUUUUCCAAAAAGAGGAAAGGAAGAAAGAAAAAGAAAGGCCAAGGAUUGUUAUCAUCUACACCUAGUUAUCUCGGAUAUUAUUUGGCAUUCAUUUCAAGUCAUAAUCAGGGGCCCACGUAUGAGGGAGAGAGAUCUAGCUUCUUUCUGUGGAAUCUGUUUUCCUGUGUUGUUGGAUAAGACUAGAGUGGCACUGAGUACAGAGCAGGCAGAGUCAUACAGGAGGGUCGAUGCUUGUUGUUAACAUUCGUCCACUGCUGAUUGGUUAGUAGAUGGUCAAGUACAUUUUGGGCAUGAAGACACAAAGAUUCCUGGAACUGGGGUUAUCUUAUGUCCCUUUCUUAUCUCGUCGGAAGAAACGACCUUAGUUAACUGAGUUAACAAAUACCAGUAUACCGCUGGAGAAGCAUUUGAAAGAAGCAAGUUUGUGCCACCCACUGAGAUGUUCCUUGAAGCAGUCACAAAGCAUUAGAAUAUGCGUCAUGUUGUGUUGAGGCACUCCAACCAUGAAGGGAGAAGAGGAUCGAUGCAUGGCUUGAGAAGGGAACAAGAGAUGAUUCUGUCCACAUGCAUGGCAUGGCAUGGCAUGGCAUGGUGGUGCUGGAAUAACAAAGGUUGCCCACCAAUCAGUGUGCUGUGCUGCGAUGGAUGGAAUGGAAUGGAACGAAGGAGUGGUUGCCCAUGAGCAAAGCCAACAACAACACUUGCCGCACUCCUAAGGUGACUGGCAGGCAGGCAGCAAACAUCUCUACCCCUGGAGCAUUCAUUGACUCUCCCUUCACUCCACGCCACUAAUCUAAAAACCUGGACCAAUAAUGAAGCUCCAUCGACCAGCAAGGUAUAACCUCUCACCAAAGGCUUGAUCCAUGCAUGAUUCUUUUUUAUCCCCAACUUCUUCCAACUUGUCAAGUCUCCCAGCUACUUCCAACAGGUGUUGCUGCUUUGUUUAAUCCCGUCCUGAUUACUGAAGAAAAUAUAUAAUCUUUUCUGAGAUCAUCUUGUCAUGCUAUUCUAUCUCUUGUGUAUUUGUAUAUCUGGAUCUUUCUCUCUGAUGGUAUAGUCCAGUAGCACGAGUAGACAUGAGGAGUGGUGGCCCAGCCAGCAGCCACUAACUAAUCUAUGGUGAUUAGUGAUCUCCGGCCUCCUGCCAGUAAUGCUAGCUAGCUAGCUUACUGUCGAGUGUCCCACUACUACUUCACUCGUCAUCCAUUCCCAGGCAAGCUCAAUCCUCUACUGCUGGUGUGUGUGCAUGGUGGGUGUCCAUGAACAGCACCACAUGUUUCUCCGUCUCUCCUCUCAUAUUCCCAGCCACUAUUUUUAUAUAUUCUAUUUCUUCUCUCUACUGGCAGAUUUCAUGCAGUUUCUGUUCCCUUCUCUCACAGGUACGUGUCCACAUCGUCCUGGAUGGUUACAGGAGCCCAACAUCCACUGCCUCACCGCCCAACGCAUAUCUUCACACAGCUUAAUGUUCAUGACAUGUUAAUCAACCAAUUAAAUACUCUCUCUCUCUCUCUCUCUCACUCAUUUGAUUAAAAUCCUGGAUAAAUUAAUUUCACGUAACUGGACUGCUGGAGUGCCACACCAUCUGAACUUGGUAGUUAAGUUGAUCAGCCCUCACAUCUGCACCAGUCGACUAUAAUUUAUUCAAUUGACUUUGAGAGAUAGUAGUGGCUUGGCAUGUACAGUACAUGGCCUGGUACUGAGGAAUUAAUAUAUUCUAAAUGUUUUGAGUGAUCA